UGUUUGCUUUUUUUUUUUUUUUUAUUGUAUUUAUUUCAUUUUCAUUUUUCAUUUUUAUUUUGCUCCUGCUGUUUUAACUACAUGAACAUGCUUGCGCGUGUUGAGGGAGAUUGUUUUUCCCUUUUCUUCUUCUUCUUCUUCUUCUCUUCUUCCUGUCGCUUUUCUUCUAUCAUCUUUUCUACAGCUAUAUGCUAUACCACCUCUACGAUUGCUACUACUACGCUGCGUCGUUGAUUAAAGCUCCAUACACACUACCUAUACAUCCUUGUUAUAUCCGGCUUGUACCAUAUCUCUCUAGCUUCUCUCCGCAAGCUUCCCCCCCCAAUCCAUCCAUCAUCUAUCCUCUUUGUUCCCCAGAUCCCUGUGCAAGCCAACUCUACUCUUCUACAACAAACCACCCAUCUAUUCGGGACAAGCCGUUGGCUUUGCCUUUUUCGUUCUGUUUCCUACUUCUUAUCCAAUCUCCUCUGCCAACUACACCAGUGCAUGCAUGCACAUGUAUGUACGAACAUCUACCACGACGAACGAACAGCUUUUGGACCUAAUCGUCGUCUACCUGUUUGCUUUGGAAGAAAGCAUUCCACGCGCUGGUUUCUACAUGUUUGCAGAGUAAAGAAACUUGCAUGGAAGUGGUUGGAUCUCAGCGCGGCCCUCGAUUAUUUGCCUCUGUACCCCCCGUUACUACUGUAUACAUCCCGCUGUUCAUCUUCAUUUCUCCCCCCCUACGACCGCCACUACUACUACUACUACUACUACUACUACUACUACCUCCCUUGCCUGGGUCAUCUUACUACUUCGUUCUGAUAUCUAACUGUGUGUUAUAUCUCUC